UCCUGUUCAUGCUGGAGGCCGACAGAGGGGCUUUGUCUUUACUUUCUGGAUCAACUGGUUGUUGUUGUUGUUAUUAAUUAUUAUUAAUAAUAAUAAUAAUAUGAUGAUGAUGAUGACGACGAAUAUUGGCUACAAUCUUCUGUCCAUACUCAAGAUACUCAGGAAUCUUAAAAACUUUAAGAAACACACAAUUUUCAAAACAAACAUUCAGAAAUGGCUUGGGGUUCAGAGGGUUAAUAGACUUUCCAUAUGCUUUGUACGUGUGUAACUGCCCUGGGUAGCUUUCCUCCAAUAAUAUUCGACUUCUUUUUUUUAACCCUCAUGUGACGCUUUGUUAUUAUUGUAAUUAUCAGAUUGUUUGUUCGGCAUCUCGGAAUGUUCCCAGGACACGUUAUAGAUUAUAAAAGUUGAACAGACCACCACAGUGGUACAGCAAGUUACUGAGGAACUGUGGAAAGACAAAUACAGUCAAAUUUAUUUUAAGGUGGGGUAUAGCAGCAAUAUAUAUUCAUAUUCUUCUCAUUUUUGAAAAAUAUGUUUUUAAAUAAUGUACUUAUCUCACAUCCUCUGAAAAUUCAACAGCUGUUUACAGGAGAAAAAAAAACUGUUUAAACUUUAUUUCUGAAAGUGGACCUGGGUAAGACUGAACAGGUUGUUAAGCUGUUUGUUUUGUACAGGCUUGUAGGAGGCGAUGGAAAACAGAUCAUACAGAUACGAGAUCCUCAGGAUUGAAGGAUUGCGGAUCACACCUUACUCCGCUUAUCCGGUGUUCGUUCUUCUUUUCCUGAUCUAUGUGUUCAUUAUGGUAUCGAACAUUGGCAUUGUCAUGAUGAUAGCAAUGCAGAAAUCUCUUCACAAACCAAUGUACCUUCUCUUCUGUAACCUCCCUGUGAAUGAUGCACUCAAUGCUACCGUUGUACUUCCUGGUUUACUCAAAUACAUCUUGGUGGAAUCUGACAGGUAUAUCAGCUAUGCCGCUUGUGUAAUUCAAGCCUUUGGGGUUCACACAUUGGGCACAAAUGCACACUAUAUAUUAAUAAUCAUGGCUUACGACAGGUACGUGGCCAUAUGCGAGCCGUUACGAUACCACACCAUAAUGACUAACAAAAUGGUUGUAGGUCUGUCUGAAACAGCAUGGGUGACUUCUACUGUCCAGGUCUUGAUCGUAUUCUCCCUCUCUAUAAGGCUCUCUCAUUGUACUUCAACGAUAUCAAAUCCCUACUGUGACAAUCCUUCUCUGUUUAAACUUUCUUGUGAGGAUGUGUCUUUAAAUCACAUCGUUGGUUUAUUUAUCACUGUCCUGUUUUGGAUUAUCUCGGUAUCGUCGAUCAGUCUGACUUAUCUAAAGAUCGCACAGGUUUGUCUAAAAAAUCGAAACAGCACACUGAAGAGCAAGGCUAUAAAAACAUGCAGCACCCAUCUGAUUGUGUAUCUCAUUCUCUUUGGAUGUGGCUGUACUGUGAUCAUUUUGCACCGUUUCUCAGCUUAUGAGGGACUUCGGAAUCUGGCCAGUGUCUUACUUUAUGUUAUUCCUCCAAGCCUCAACCCGGUCAUAUACGGCCUUCAAACCAAAGAAAUAAGACAGGGGAUUGAGCAGAUGUUCCUGAGAAGGAAAGUCCUUCCAGGAUGAUUUCCUUAUUAUUGAGUAAA